AUGGUCGCUGAUACUCUCCUCUCUGAUAUCACCGACUCUGUUUUCGACCUUAUUGUGCUCCCCAUACAUACCAGAUCCUGGUUUCGCUUAGGACGAAGCUCCGGUAAAUACAAUAUCGAGUUAGUAGUAACCAGGAGCGGAUUUAGCAGCAAUUUCAAGCUCAUAUAUUUGCGAAAGGACCCAAAGCUGGGUAUUGGAGCUCCGGUUUUCAUGGCCACCUUUCUCGAGCAUCUCGCCGCCAAAUUUAGCAGGAAAAGAGAUAAGAAAAGGGAAAUUGGAAGUUUAGUACCUGCAGCAGCUUAA